AUGGAUGCCCUUGCCUCAGAGUUUGGUUUCGACAAACAGGAGCGGCGAAUUCGUUGCGCUCCCCAUUUUCUGAACCUGACCGUCCGAGCUAUGAUGUACGGCAGCAAGAGUGAAAAUUUCAAGGAGUUGGUGGAUCACUGGGGCGAUAAAGACUUCAUGGACGAAGAAGACGAGCAAUGCAAGUUGACUGACGCUGUCAACGAGCUGCAAGAUGACGAAGACUUUGAAGAAUUGGGCAUUGAAGUGGACGAAGCUCUGGAGCUAACGACAAGCCCGGAAGCGGUUCGUGACGAAUAUCCGGACCCAGACGUUAUCACGGCUGAGAAGAUGAACAAGCAUCGCAAGUUUGGGCCGUUCGGCAAGCUACACAAUAUCGGCGUUGCUUUCGGAACAAGCAGUCAGCUCCUGGAGACAUUUCAUGAAGCUCAACGGCAAAUGGCCCCUCCUCAGCCUGUACUCACGUGGGUCCAAAAUGUUGGUACUCGCUGGCAAUCAGACGAGGCUAUGGCAUCGCGCGCUCUGUUGAAGCGGGCGGCCCUAAACAGGAUGUUCUGGAUUGUCGAGGACCGCUGGGUCAGCCGAGGCGGCAAAGAACAAGACAAACCACCCAUCUUGAAAGAACAGCUCUCCCUUGACGAAUGGAAGGUUGUCACUGCUCUUCAGAAGAUCCUUCAGCCAUUUAAGGUUGCUUCAAAGCAACUGCAAGGCGAGGGUGUCGCUGGAAAGCGAUCAACUUCAGGCGGAUUUGAUGAGUACUUCCCCGUGAUUGAGAUGCUCCUUGAUCAUCUCGAGCUGGCAGUUCAAGGAGUCAUAAUCGAGGAAAAUGAACACCAAGUUAUGGAAGAGAUACAGCUUUUCGAUGGCAUGGACCGAGAGUCUCGGAGGCUCCUCAAGAUUUAUAUCAGGCUCGGAUGGAAGAAAUUGAACUGCUACUACGGCAAGUUAACCUCAACCGCUUACGCAGCAGCCGUUGUAUUCCAUCCCUGCAAGAAAUGGCGAGCCCUUGAGCGGCUCUGGGAUCAGCUCCCUUCCCGCCAGACCUCUGAAUGGAAGAGGGCUUAUCAGACGAGACUGAAGACCAUCUGGGAGGAGAGGUACAAGGAUGCGGCUCUUGGGCCCAUGUCUGGUACUGCUUCGCCAGCUGGGAACAGUGGCCUGGAUUACAUUGAGCGGCGGCUGGCAUUCAGCAGGUCAACUGCUUAUACUGAUCCCGAGCCUCAGUCUCAAACCAGACACGGCCGACAAACGAAGCAGCCAGCGGCCUUGCAGGAGCACGACGAGCUGGAGUAG